AUGUAUAACAAGGCCAACUACAAUGUCAAGAUAGCAUCACAUGCUAAAGAGAACCUCGAGUCCUUCUACAGAUAUAUCCAAAACCUCAAAGGCGGCACACAUCAGUGUGCCAAACUGGUGGACAAUAGUGCUAUCUUCACUGAGAUGAUGUCUCGACAAUGGAUGAAGGUACAAGCGAUUGACGGUUUACAUUUUAAUCUUCCGCUCCAAGAUGUCUGGAUUACGGAUGAAAGUACAAGCGAGAGCCAUUUCCAUUUAGAUCACUGUGGUGCCUUACCGUAUAUGACUGAAAUGGUCGGCUAUGAUGGUCCAAUCUACAUGACACAUCCCACAAAGGCCAUCUGUCCAAUUCUUCUAGAAGAUUACAGGAAAAUUACUGUGGACAAGAAGGGCGAGACAAACUUUUUCACUUCCCAGAUGAUAAAAGACUGCAUGAAGAAAGUUGUGGCUGUGAACCUUCAUCAAACAGUGCAGGUUGAUGAUGAGUUAGAAAUCAAGGCCUACUAUGCUGGACAUGUCUUGGGAGCAGCCAUGUUUUUUAUCAAAGCGGGAUCUGAGUCUGUUGUGUACACUGGUGAUUACAAUAUGACACCUGACAGGCAUUUAGGGGCAGCAUGGAUUGACAAGUGCCGUCCUGAUAUCCUGAUCACAGAGUCUACGUAUGCGACUACUAUCCGUGACUCUAAACGUUGCAGAGAACGGGAUUUCCUGAAGAAGGUACACGAGACGAUAGAAAAUGGAGGCAAGGUUCUGAUUCCAGUUUUUGCUCUGGGCCGAGCCCAAGAACUCUGCAUCCUUUUGGAAACAUUUUGGGAACGAAUGAACCUGAAGGCACCAAUCUAUUUUUCAAUGGGUCUGACAGAAAAAGCCAAUCAUUACUACAAACUUUUCAUCACCUGGACCAAUCAGAAAAUCAGGAAGACUUUUGUACAAAGAAACAUGUUUGAGUUUAAGCACAUUAAAGCAUUUGACCGAUCAUAUGCAGAUAACCCUGGACCCAUGGUAGUAUUUGCUACCCCAGGCAUGCUCCAUGCCGGACAGUCCUUGCAGAUUUUCAAGAAAUGGGCAGGAAAUGAGAAAAACAUGGUCAUUGUACCAGGUUACUGUGUGCAGGGAACUGUGGGGCACAAAAUCCUGAAUGGAACAAGGAAGCUAGAAAUGGAAGGAAGGCAAACUCUUGAGGUGAAGAUGCAGGUGGAGUACAUGUCAUUCAGUGCACAUGCUGAUGCAAAAGGAAUAAUGGAGCUGAUACGACAAGCUGAGCCUCGCAAUGUGCUACUAGUCCAUGGAGAGGCAAAGAAGAUGGCAUUUCUGAAGCAGAAAAUAGAACAAGAAUUUAGUAUCAGCUGCCACAUGCCUGCCAAUGGAGAAACAGUCACUCUUGUCACAAACCCUAACAUUCCUGUUGACAUAUCCUUAGGCUUGCUGAAAAGAGAGGUAUCACUAGGCCCAUUACCUGACCCUAAGAAGCCCAAAGUUAUGCAUGGCACUCUCAUCAUCAAGGAGGGGAGCCUUCGUCUGGUAUCUCCUGAGCAGGCCUUGAAGGAAUUGGGCCUCACCGAGCACCAUCUCCGGUUUACAUGCAGUGUGACAAUACAAGAUAGUCACAAAGAUCAAGAAACACUGAAUCGGAUCUACAGCCACUUAAAGAGCAUUUUGAAAGAUUACUCCAUCCAACACCUGCCAGAUGGAUCUGUAAUGGUAGAAUCCAUCCUUAUUAAAAUCUCUGCCCCCUCAGAGGACCAGGGAACUAAAGUUAUACUGGUCUCAUGGAGUUACCAGGAUGAGGAGUUGGGAAGUUAUUUGACCACGUUGCUUCGAAAAGGAUUACCUCAAAGCACAACUUAGUGUUGCGGAGUUGAAUCUAGCUGGAUGGAGAAGAAGAAGCAAAAUUACCCACUUGUUUUGAUUUGAUUUUUUAACAAAUAUGUUUAUUAAAAUAACUGAUUAAAA